AUGCUAGAGCUCUGGGAGAAAGUCACACCAAAACUCUCUGAAGUGUCUCUAGAGCAACCUGAAGCGGCUGCCGUCUAUUUGUCGAAAGAAGCAGGUAAAAUAACCGUUGUUGGCAUGAAACAUGUUGCUGAUCCGCUCAUCAAAAGCAUUGGUGCCAUCAUUGACUUGGCUUCAGAUGAGUUUGCUAAAGAGAAAAUAUUUCCUGUGGAGAAAGGAACAAGCAUUAUUGUAGCUGCCGUCAAGAACUUUUUCCGGGAGGAACAAUAUAGCUCUUUGACGGAGAUCUACCUGUGUGAUAUGAAGUAUGGCACAGUUGAUGCUUUUACUGAAGCUCUACAGAAUGAAUGGGGUGCUCAUAACGUGGAAAAACAUGCAAGCAAAACACAACAACGGAAACCUGACGACUCCGAUGAAGAUGCCGAACAUUUAUAUGAGACACUUCCGGCAAAGGCAGGUCCUGACCCUUAUUCUUUUGGGAACAUAAGAGUUACAAUCAAGUCAGGCGACAUCACUGCUGAGGAUGCUGAUUGCAUUGUUAACAGCUCAAAUGAGGACUUGGAUUUCAAUAAAGGUUAA